AUGGACCCGUCGCCGUCGCUCGUCGGCCGCCCCGAGUCGCUCAACCGCAGCCUCUCGCUCGCCGACCUCGACCCGUACGCGAGUGCAGCCGACCCAGCAGACGUCCCUCAAGUCCAGCUCCGCCUCGGCCCCGCAACACCCUUCACCAAGGCGUUCGGCGCACACGAUCGCGCCAGUCGGUUCGGCCAGCCACCACCUCUACCUGUCGCCGCAAGCCCGCCCCCGCUCAUCGACAUCUGCGGCCCCACCCCGCCUCGUCCGCCCCCCUUCUCGUCGUCCAACGUCCGCCGCCCGAGCCCGCUCAAGUUCUCCUUCUUCGACGACUCGUUCGACUCGGGCGAGAUCACGCCCUCGACGGCCCCGUUCGCCAACCUGUCGCCGCCGCCGACGGUCCGCCGACUGUCGCCCUCGACCACGUCGUGCGACAACAAGGAGACCGAGAACGAGCCGGCGCCGCCCGUCCAGGUCAAGCCUGCGCAGCGGCGGUGGAGCGCAAUGACACGUCUGCAGGAGGAGAGGCGCAAGGCCGCGACGCUUGCGCCCGUGCAGGACUGCAGCCCAAUCCGCGAGGGCGACUCGUCCAUGAUCCUGUCGACAGCGCUUCUCGGCGCAGACGACCUCUCGCUCCUCGCCGACGAGGGCGGCUCGUUCCUGUUCCGGCAGCAAGACGUCACGCUCGACUCGUUCGCCGUGCCGCAGACGGCGAGCGCCGACAACUCGACGCACGACGGCGAGCUCAGCGAGACGAGCGGCGGCAUGUCGGUCCUCCUACACGGCCUCGGCGAGUCGAUGAUCGAUCAUGCGCGCCUCCCGACCUCGUCCUCGUACCCUUCCCCGCCGUCUAUCCUCCCCUCCGACCUCACCUCGUCGACUCGCACCAUCACCGGCCCUUCCUCUCCGGCCACUCGCGCUCGCCAAGUCUCGGCCACGCUCAAUGCAGAGUCAAGCUUCUUCGCCCUCAGCCCGGAGCAGCACGCGUCGGGCGACGACGUCUCGUUCCUCAACGCCUCGACCGCCUCGUUCGCCGAGUACCGCGACUCGCCCGUCAAGCCUCGCGUCGCGAGCCUCCAGGUCGAGCGUUGGCUCGGCGGCGACGAUGACGAGGCGAGGACGCCGCGUCCGGGCGACGGCGGCGGCAGGGUCGCCGACACGAGCGCGUCGAGUGGGAGCGGGAGCGGGACGGCAGAAGGGCCGUCGCAGGACUCAUUCGACUUGACGAGGUGGGGCACCGCAGAGCUCGGCACGGGCAUCCUCGACCAGAGCCCGCCGACUGCCAUGCUCAAGCCCGAGUCGACCAAGACGCUCGAGCUCAGCUUGCAGAGCCCGAUCCAGCCGACCAAGGUCGACCGUCCUCGGCUCGACUCGUCGACUUCCACCCUCGCCUGCUCGACCCGCACCGUCACCGAGCUCGGCUCGUUCUUCGAUGGCGGUGUCUCGUCCUCUGCCCUCUCGCCUGUCGCUUCGAGCGCCGCAGCCGUGGUCGAGCCUGUCGUCGUCGCCGAGGGCGACCUUCUCGGCAUCGGCAACGUCGGGCCUUCGCCGCAGCGCCUGUCGGCGCCGACGAGCGCAGCAGCGAUCCGUCCGCCGCCGUCGUCGGUCAAGGAGACGGGCGCCGAGCGCCUCAAGCGGCGGCUCGACGAGCUGCGCGCGCAGAAGAAGGCGGGCCCGUCCGCCAACGACUCGGCUCGGUCGUCGGCUGUUGCCUCGUCGAGCGCGACGCCGUGCCGCCCUGUCGCACCCAAGGCCCCCUCGACCUCCACCGCACCUGUGCCCCGACUCGCCCGACCGCGGCCGUCCAUGCUGCCCGGCCCGACCGCCGCCUCGUCGACCUCGUCCGGGCCCGCGCGCACCCUCUCGAGCUCGCUGUCCGAGCCGCCCAAGACGCCUGGCGAGCGCAAGGACUCGACGGCGGUCAAGCUCGAGCGACUCAGGUCCGAGCGCAAGCAGCGCGAGCUCGCGAGGGCAACGCCCGGACCCUCGUCGUCGUCGUCGGGCAUGGUGCGCUCGAGCAGCGCGACCCUCGCGGGCAAGCCGGGCAUGCGCGCGCCGGCCACGGUUACGGCGUCGAGUGCAGGUCUUGCAUCGAGGCGCAGCAUGGCCGACCUGAGCGGUGCGGCCUCGUCGUCGACGUCGGCCAAGGCGACCUCGACAGGCGGCGGCCUCGUGCGCUCACGCUCGCUCGUCGCGCCCUCGUCGCGCCCGCUCCUCGCCGCCACCGCUGCCGCACCUGCGUCCCGAGCGUCCGGCACGGCCGCCUCGACCGCACCGCGCAAGUCGCUCGCGCCGCGCUCGUCCCUCCUCCCGCCUGCCUCGUCCUCGUCCGGCACGGCCCACCGCCGCCUCUCGACGGCGCCUAAGCUCGAGUCCACGUCGGCGCCUCAGAGGGCACGCGUGCCGCUCGGGGCGACCCAGCCGGCGGCGCAGGGCGAGCCGUCGUCGUCGUCGUCGGGCGCGAGGUUCAAGCCUCGGGUCAGCAGGAUCGGGACGGCGCCGGUGCGGCGGUGA